AAGGAGCCAGCCUGUGAGGCGGCAGGGCGGGCGCUGAGGGAAGAGGGCAGUCGCUGCACUCGCUCCUGAUCUUUCUCUCUCUCUCUCUCCUCCUUGGCUGCACCUGCUGCUUCCCAGCGGCGGUGCCUAGGGCGUGGGGGGGGGCAGCGGCUCGUGGUGUCACCCGGCGCGACCCGCACCCGCCGCACAAAGAACCUGCCCUCCUCCCCUGCAUGCGCUGCGCGAUACAGGUUUCCCAAGCCCUGUCUCCGAGGCUCUAGGCAUGCUGGGUAGCGUUCCAUGGUUACCGUUGCUAUGAGGGGCCUAGCGCCCCCUCGCUGUCCUAUCGCCAGGAGAAAGUUUAAGGAGAUGGUGAAACAAACGAUCCAGAUCUAUGCUCGGGUGAAACCCCUCGGCAAAAGGCAGCCGCCGGGGAUAUAUUCAGUUGAUCAAGCUGAGACGUCAGCAUUCAGUUUGGAGAUCAUUGUACCACGUGAUUUGGCAGAUGGAUUCGUCAAUAACAAACGUGAAAGCUACAAAUUUAAAUUUCAGAAGGUUUUUGAUCAGGAAUCAAAACAAGAUGAAAUUUUUGAAGCCAUUGCUAAGCCAGUUGCAGAAUGUGCUCUAGCUGGCUAUAAUGGCACCAUAUUUGCUUAUGGACAGACAGGCAGUGGUAAGACAUUUACCAUAACAGGAGGAGCAGAGCGUUACAGUGAUCGGGGCAUAAUUCCACGGACACUAUCUUAUAUUUUUCAGCAGUUGCAAAAGGAUAGCAGCAAAGUAUACACAACACAUAUUUCCUACUUAGAAAUUUAUAACGAGUGUGGUUACGAUCUGCUGGACCCACGGCAUGAAGCCUCCAGAUUAGAAGACUUGCCAAAGGUGACAAUAAUGGAAGAUCCUGACCAGAACAUUCAUCUGAAACAUCUGUCUUUGCAGCAAGCAACCAGUGAAGAGGAAGCCCUGAACCUUCUUUUCUUAGGAGACACCAACAGGAUGAUUGCAGAGACUCCAAUGAAUCAAGCCUCCACUCGUUCACACUGCAUUUUCACCAUUCAUAUCUUAAGCAAAGAACCAGGUUCUGCAACUGUUCGACGCUCCAAACUACAUUUAGUGGAUCUAGCUGGUUCAGAGCGUGUUGCAAAAACUGGAGUUGGAGGCCAGUUGCUGACAGAAGCCAAAUAUAUCAAUCUGUCGUUACAUUACUUGGAACAGGUGAUCAUUGCUCUGUCGGAAAAGAAUAGAUCUCAUAUUCCCUACAGGAAUUCUAUGAUGACCUCAGUGCUAAGAGAUAGCCUAGGAGGAAACUGCAUGACCACAAUGAUUGCAACACUCUCAAUAGAAAAAAGGAACAUAGAUGAAUCGAUAUCGACUUGUAGAUUUGCUCAGCGAGUUGCCCUUAUUAAGAAUGAAGCCAUUCUGAAUGAAGAAAUUGACCCUAGACUGAUAAUAGUGCGAUUAAAGAAAGAAAUUCAAGAGCUAAAAAAUGAGCUGGCCAUGGUGACUGGAGAACAAAGACCGGAAGAGCUCACACAGGAAGAGCUACAACAAGUAGGCGACCAGAUUAAAAGUUUUUUGGAAGAUACGGAUCCUGAGAGCACUUUAGAGUUUGGAGCUGAUAUGCGGAAGAUUAAACAUUGUUUCAGCCAUUUAAAGAAAUUGAUUAAUGAUGCAAGGCUACCUGACAACCAUCUGUUUGCAUCAGACAUACCUGGUGACAAAGGUGCUAAUAAUUCUAUUGGAAAUGAAGAGUUGAAGAAACUGAAGGAUCUUCUGCAGCAACGAGACAAUGAAAUCAAUAUAUUAGUAAAUAUGUUAAAGAAGGAAAAAAAGAAAGCACAAGAUGCCCUUCUGCAGCUCAGUACUUCUUCUAAGGAGAUACCAACCUCAGAAAGUUCCUUGCCUUUGAAAAAUGUGGAAAAUGAGCAGAUCUUUUCUGUCACUUUGGAAAAUAAAUCCGGUUUUCUUCACAGGAGCACAGGAGUGGGAGGAGAAAUGUCACUUGGACACCAAGAAGCCUUUGAAAUUUUCAAGAGAGAUUAUGCUGAUAGCAUAACCAUCGAAGACAAUAAGCAGCUCCUUAAGCAAAGGUUUGCUGAAGCAAAAUCUUUGGGAGAAAAAGUAAACGAAAUAAGAAACAAAAUCAACCAUUUGAAAGGAGAGAUAACCCAGCGGCACAUGCAAAAAGCAGCUCAAGCUGUUGUCAGUCCUCGAGAAAUGAAUGAACCUGAUCCAGUAGAAGAGGCCCUUCGGGCACAAAUUGAACAGGAAAAGAUAAGUUAUAAAACAAUGUUUACACGCUUGAAAGGGAUGAAGAUAGAAAUUGAGCACUUGCAGCUGCUUAUGGAGAAAGCAAAGGUGAAAUUGCAAAAAGACUUUGAAGUUUGGUGGUCUGAAGAGGCAAGGAACUUACAGAGCCAGGAAGAAAAGCCACAUUUGCAAAAUUCACCCAGUGUUUUAAAGACUCAUCCCUUGCUUCUUGAAACCCAGCUACUUCCAUGUGGUACCAGGGUUCCAAAUAAUAGCAGAGCCAGCUUCAAUGACGAGCCUUCUGUGAAAAGCAGUGUGAGCAGACUAAGUAACUCAACUUUAAAAGCAAGGAUUCCACCAGGUCCAAGUUCAUCUAUCCCCUUCACAGGAGACCAGCAAACAGAUGCUGACAUUCUAGCUUUCAUUAGAGCCAGGCAGAAUCUUCUACAGAAGAAAGGUUCUUUGGCCAGUAGACGAAGGAUACCUGAGCCUGGGCUUACUCCCCACACUUUCUCACAUGUAUACACUACACACUCAGGCUGUGUUGUGAGAACCUGCCCUUGGAUGAUGAAGGCAUUACAUUUCAUUCUCUUAGGAUGGCAAUUAAAAACGGCAAGUGACAGAAGACAUUCAGUAUUAAAUAGUCAACGGUGGCACCCAAAGGACUGGGAAACAAAUGAAUGUUGUCAUACAACAAGCUGCCAUUUCAGAAUUUAAAUUAGCAAUACAGAGCAACUGUAACACCAAACAAAUAGACCUUUGAGCUGCAGCUGAAUGGCAUUUAACCUGUGACUUCACUACCUUUUCAUAGCAAAGGACCAACAAAAUCUAAACAACUGGAGAGGAAUCUGAUGUUAUUGGGAAUCUGAUGGCCAAUGUAGCUUGUAAAUAUGAUUAUUUAGCA